UGGCCACGCGUAAAUCAAGCCGGGCCACCAUGGUGACCACCAAUGCCGGCGCAACGGCAACAGCCACAACCAACAACAACAACCUGCAGACGAACAACAACAGUCAUGCGGCGAACAACAAUAACGAUGACUUUGACUUUGACCAGGACGAUGGCCUGCAGGACCUGGGCUUGCCGGUGUCCGUCCAGACAUUCCUGUGGCGCCAAAUAGCCCCAUUCAUCCGGCCAAAGCUCGGAAAACUGCACGAAUCUACCUGCCUGUUUUGUCAACAUGCACCGGGACACCAUGAGUCGAAGGAAGCCUGCAAGUCCUUUGAGAAAGUGCUCGUGCAGAAUAUUCAGUUUGGUCUCUCGCCGCCCCUUACUAAGGCCCUGGGGGCCAUUCCACGCUGGCGUCUGCUGCAGGGCGCCCUGCCACAUGUAAUGCACGCUUGCGCCGCCCUGCUCUACAAUCGGGUGAAGGAUAUGCAGGCCAUUGGGCCUGUGGAGACCAAACUGCUAUACACGAUGCAGUGGAUCCUGCUCUAUGCGGCUGAGGAGUGUGCCGACGACGAGGGCGGCGAGGAGCUCGGUCUGGGCGAGACGCCGGCGGAGCCCAAGUCGAAGCCCAUAGAGCAGUACCUAUUUUCAGUGCCAACGAUUGCACUCUUUGUGUAUCUGUUUGCACCAAUCAUAAGCCACCUCAAGGAAUCGGAUUUCCAAAACUUUCGCCUGGAGAACGGCAUAAAGCUGUGGCAAGGCAUGUGGGAUAAUCGGGCACCGGGAGCUCCGUGCUUUACGGCCCCGGUAAAGCCCAAGGCCCGCAAUCUGCUCUGUGCGCCAACUCCCAAAGGAUCCACCGAUGUGUUUCCCACACGAAAGCACUCCCUCAGUGCCGAUGCAAUGUCCCCCAAAGCCGACUCACCACAGAGCGGCAUCUCUGACUAUGGAAGGCAGGACGAGGAGGGCUCUUGGGUAUCCUCUCCCAAGGAAUUUGCUUUUCCCGAGACCAUUCCAGAAGAGGCCUCCAGCGUGGAAGACGAACGUGUCGUAAUAUUUAGGCUGCCAUCAGCGCCGCAACUCAUGGAUAAUUCAUUUUUUACGGCCGACGCUAGCCUUCUGCAACAGCAACAAUCGCAGAGUCGUCGAGGCAGUCGACAGUCCAUGAACUCGCGCGACAAGGACAAAAUUCCCUCCACAAAAUUCGAGUUCGAUCAGCAGGAGCUGAUGCGCGGGGCAUCGAUGAAGGAGAAGCGCAGUGCCUCCAUCGAGAAGGAGACGGACUCGGAUAAGUCCGAAAGUGUUAAGGCAGAUGUUUCGGCAGCCACCUUCCUCGAUGUGGCAGUGCUGCGUUGCCUCUUCAUCUCGCACUGGCAGGAGGAGGGCAUCUUCUGGAGCUUGCAAUAUCUAUAUAAUCGUCUCAGUGAUAUUGGUGAGGAGGCGGCCAUUACCUUAAAUCAGCCCCGGAAGCGAUCCAAUUCCUUGCCCAUACCACAAAUCGAGAUAUCGCUGUAUCAGGGUCCCGGGAGCAACAGUCGCGACAGUCCGGGCAGCUCUGUGGUCAAGGACUACAUCGAAAUACCAGAGCCAUCGCCGACAGUGACAGCUGUUGUUGAAGAACCCCCCACUGCAACCAGCAGCUCAGAGCGUCGCGGAAGCGAGAAAAAGAAGCGCGUCAAGAUGUCCGAUCUGCGGACCUUUGUCGAGACGAAAAUGUUUUCGAAAUCGGAGAAGAACUUGGAAAAAGUAGGGCUAGAUACAAACUCUGCCAAUGGCAAGACACCACUGCAACUGCAACAAGCAGAGUACCAUCGCAGCCUGGACACGGGGGAGAAGAAACUAUCACGCUCUGCAUCCAUGAUCAGUCGCGAACCAGCCAGUAACCUGAUCAAGGGAAAAUCCAUGCCAAGUCUCAGCUGUCUGCUUGAUAGCGGAUUUUACAGAUACGUAGAGCCACCUAAGGCCCCAAGACCUUCGCAGGUGGCAUGUCCACGCUCCACGGCAUUCUAUCCACGGAAUCCCAUCAUUACGGUGACAGAACACACUCCGACACCGUCGCCGGACUACAUCAAGCGACAGGGUUCCAUUGAUUCCCAGCUGGAUGCGUUGAGCAAUGGUGGCAGCAUCGGUGGCAUGGGUGGAAAUGGCGGGGGCAAUGGGAGUGGUGGCGCUGGUAGCUCCACUACCCGGUAUCGUGGCCAAAUGUUGCGCUCCCACACAGACUCGCACAUCGAUUAUACGGGCGUAGAUGAGUCCGAGGCACCCGGCUCCUCCUUUUACAUAACGCGGGAUGGCGGCAUUGACUACGAGAUCAUCUUGCUGGCCAUAAGCAAUGUGUUUAAGCGCGAUCCGGCUUUGGUCUGCUCUCUCCGCGUCCUGGAAGCGGGCCUGAACAUCUGCGAACUUCUCAUCGAGAUGGGGGUCCUGAAGCUGGGAGAGCAUGCUCAUGAGAUAUCCAUGAGCAUCACACGACGAGCUCUCCAGGUGCUUGGCUGUCCACAUGGUUGCAAUGACGGUGUUCGCGGUCCUCCGGCUGACUUUCUGCGCAAUCAGUGCCAGAAGAUCCUGUCACGAAUGCUGCGCCAGGCCGGACAGCGCACCAAGCGAUACAUGCAGGAGAUGGUCAGGACAUCGCCACUCCCAGAGCUGAUUGACUACUUCCAUGCCUUCCUGGCCUUCUGUGUGGAUCCCAGCUCCCUGUUGUCGCCAUUAACUCAUAAACGUCAGAGUGGAUAUAAAAAUGUUAACACCGAUCUUGGCGGCGUACCAGGUCAGGGCGGCUAUUCGACAAAUUUUAGUGGUGGCAUGAACAGCGGCGCCGAGUCCCAAGUCGUUGGCGCUGUCUUCAAGCCGCUGGUCAGCCGCUUUGUGGAGGCAAGCAAAGAUCUAAAAUCGCCAGAGAAUAUCGCCCUAUAUGGCGACAUCCGGCAGUUCGUAACCUACGUGAAGGGGGCUCAUGGUGGACCAUUCCGUAUGGUGGCCCUUAGCGGUAUACUAGCCGUCACACCGCGUCCCCACAAAAAGGGACCGACGGCCCAGACCACUCGUGUGAUAAGACACAUUCCACAGUCGAAUGUGACGCACAGCAUCCAGAACGAUGACAAUCGCUCCCAGCGCCGUUUACUGCUGAAGAAACGGAGCACUUCAUCGGCCUGCGCGAGCCUGCUGGAGACGGAGACCUGCGAAGAGCACUACAAGACCAGCCAAUCGCCGUUGAGCAACUUCCGGCGUCGCACCACCGGGGUGCGACCGACGCUGACGCCACGACACAGUGAGCGUGCGCUGCUCUCCGAUUCCACGUCCAGCUCGGAACGCAAUUCGUUGGGACGGCUCAGCGGCUUGGUGCGCUGGUUUCGCGGCACGCCCAAGGAGGCAUCGUCCAUUGAUCUGGAGAUUGGCUCACUGAAUCCAGAGAUAUCCUCCACAUUUAUGAGGCACGCCUCGCUGAAGAUACAGCGGGGACGGUCUAGCGAUGGCAUUGGCCGUUCCAUACAGCGCGCCAAGCGACGUGUCGAGAGGCGGCUGAACCGUUUCGGCGGCAUUGUGAAGGGCAAGAAGAAGGUGGGUGGCAUCGAAGAGACAGCGGACUUCAGUCGGCGCAGCUCCUCGGAUAUGUGCGACGGACCCCGCGAGUCCGAGGUGGUCAUUCUCAAGGAACGGAAGCUGGUGCCCACUGAGCCAGUGCGGGUGGGCAUGCUGCGGCUCUCCUUCCUCCUAGAGACAUGUGCACCCGGCUCGUUUCCCGAUCCCCAGCUGGUGGCUGCCGUCCUGGAUUUGCCUCAAGCUCCUUUGGUCUCGCGCGCCACUUUCCUGCUGGAAUGCGCGCACUUUGUGCAUCUGUGCAACAAGGGUCAAUGGCCCGCCUGGAUGAAGCAGAACGUUGGCAGCUAUCGGGCGUCGGGGGCCAACAUCAAUGUGAAUCAGCUGAAGCAGCAAGUAAGCCAGACCAGUGCCCGGCGUACCCACAUCCUGCAGCGGGCCGCUGGCAAAAUGUUUCACCAAUGGGCGGAGAUGGUGGGCGCUCGUCUAGAGGAAAUACUCUUCACCGAGCGACUGCAGUACGAGGCGGUUAAUGCCAGCCUGACCGAUCCCGAGAAACAGAGGGAGCUGCUGCAGCAGGACGAAGAGGAGGACUUCCUUGAUGAGACAUCCGUGAAUCCGCACGGGAAUGACUGUCCGCAUUCGCUGAAACUGAUUGCUUGCGUACUGCUCUUCGAGAUUACGGCCUUUCUGCGAGACACUUACAUAAUGCUGCCGAAGACAUCGAAGCUGAUACAUCGGGACAAGCCAGCACCUUGGGAGAAGGUCUACCGCGAGGCGAAUCGUCGCUGGUCCAUGGCCCUAAGCUCCAUGGGUCACUCGCAGACUUCGGCCCAGAGCCUGCAGUCCAUCGCAGCGGGAAACGAUGGCGCCGGUCAAUCGGAACGGAAGAUUUCGUUUGUGCUCCACGAGCCAGACAACGAGUCGGAGAACAGCAGCAACACCACCUUAACCAAGGAGGGAGAAGAAGCACCUCGUCGCCCUGCUGCUGCGUCUGCCGUGCGUCCGUUUUUGCUGCGCCGAGGCACGGCAACGACCACGGGCGGAUCCUUCAAGCGUCGCUCCCUGAAGCUGCGUCGCAACACAAAGGACAGCAAGGAAAUAGAAACAGACUUUAACACGCAAUCCCGACGCAAGGUCUCGUCGCUCUCUGACCGCAGCGACACCUCGGAACAGGGAAUGAUUAGUGGCGGUGAGGAGUCCCCGGGCAUCCUCAGCGACGACCAGCAGCCCGAGUCGCCAACGGACUCCAAUGAAAACGAUGAUACGGCAAAGAAUAUGCCCUGGCUCAAGGCAGUCAUCGAGAUGAUGUCCAGCUACAAUUACUACUGCACCCACAAGGGAUAUUGUCAUCCGUUCUGCUACAAGCGACACAUGCGGUCCUGCACACGACUAAUAAAAGCCACAAGAAAGGUCUAUGGAGAAGAAUUCGGCUUUACCUUUGAUGCAGACCAUCCUACGGUGGAGCCCACAGUCAUUAGCUCCAGCAAGCCGCACACCUCGCGGGCCCGCUCCACGCGCAAAGUAUCCGAGCAAAGCUCAACGCAAACAUCUCCGUCCAAGCGCAAGGAUAGCUUGUCCCGCAAGGAUCGCAUCAGCGAUGAUCCUGACCUGGAAAUGGCGGAAAAACUGGCGAAGGCUUUCCGCCAGGAGAAGGAAAAAAAGCUGCAGGAGGAACCACCGAUCUUGAAGUUUAUUCGGAUCCACAUACGCAACCUGUUUCACUUUCCACUGGCCACCCUGCUGAAGGGUGCCGUUGUCCUCACCGAGGAGAUGGUGAUUGAGGCAAUGCCCGCAGCUUGGGAGCUAUUGCUGGAGACCAAUCACGACACGGCCACAUCGAGUGCUGCCGUAUUCCUGAUGGGCUCCGUGAAGGCACAGAAUUUCGCCUUCGAUAUCAUGCAAAGAGCCUUGAAGCACAGGGAUCCGGAUAUACGCAUUGGCGCCAUUCAGCGCUAUCUGGUGCUCUGGAAGUGCCGCUUCCAUGUGUGGCCUCGCAUGGAGGAUAACGCACACGAUGUUACCUUUAAGGUGCCACCGGGCGGCAUUGAAUUCACAUUGCCGUCGCCGAAAAUUGGAAUCGAAAGCCUGCCGGUGGUGGAUCCCCCCUGGAUGCCCGUGCAGCAGACCAAAGAUAUGGACGUGACGCUCAACCAAGACAGACAUCGCUCCUUGGUCACCGCCACGAAGAGCCGCAAAAUGCAGCAGACGGAGGCCAUACGGAAUGCCCUGCGCCAGCAGCGGGACAAACAGCGAGCCGAGAGGCACAGCUUCCUCAUCACCAUGAUACCGAUCAGUCAGCAAGCCUCACAUGAACCUGGCAUGGAAAAAUUGGAGGACCAUGAGGAUCAAGAGGAACUCGAUGGCACACGAAUGUCGUCGCACCUCCAUCACUCCCAUUCGCUCUUUCCCUCCGUACUGUGCUCGUCCGUUAUGCAGAUUGUGGGCUGCCUGGACGAUGCUGCCAUUGGAUCGGAUGGUAAUGCAGUCUACGAGAUUGCCUACCAGGUGAUUUGGGUGUGCCUUGUCGAGGAAUCGGCUCUUUUCCUGCGCUAUGUGUUUGAGCGCCUGACCCGCGAUCGACAGGACCAGAUGUUCAAGCUGCUGCGACACCUCAUACGCUUUGUGCCACGUCUGCCCCAGCAGGCGGCCUUUGCCCUCUACAACUCUAUCAUUGGAUACAUCAUGUUCUAUGUGCGCUCGUCCAACGACCUGAAGCAGGAGCUCGUGGGAUCAGCCCUUUCUGUGCUCUGGAUGGUGGUGCACUCUGUCCACGGCAUCAUGUUCAAGGAUUUGAAGCAAAUUCUGCGCAAGGAGCAGUGCGAUGCCUCCAUUUUGCUUACCGCAAAUGUGCCUGCUGCCAAGAAGAUUGUGGUACACGGACCUGCUGAUGACGAUUACAAUAUACCCUCGCAAUUUCCAGUACAAGAGGAUACACUGUUCUGCCAGUUGUUGAAGGAGGCCCUGGACUAUUAUCCCAUUGAUGAGAAGAAUACUAGCCAUUACUGUCUAGUGGAUUAUAAGAGCAGCAAAAUCCUCAAUCCCAAUUGGUACAUAAGGGACUUGUAUUUUUUCAAGCGAUCGCAGUAUCCAGAAGUUCGUCUAAUGCUAAUGCGUCCCGAAGAGUCCUUCCUGGCUCUGCAGAAACAGGAGUUGUCGAAAAAGUUCGUUGAGAUCGGCAAAGUGCAUCUGACUUGGGCCAUUCUCAAGAAUGUGGACAUGGUGGUGCAACGUGUUGUCUUCCUGCACGAGGAGCUAAUGAAGCUGCCCUCCUUCCCUCGGAAGGCACUAGAGGUGGACCUGGAUCUGCACCACGGCGGCGAGUAUGGCAAGGUGCUGCUCGGCCUGGAUGUUUUGCACAAGUUUAUGUGGGUUCGUCUGAUAGCCCGCAUGUUCGAGGCCAUGGCUGGUAAUUUCGCAUACUCGGCGGACAUACAGCUCUUCCUCAAUGUGCUCUCUGGCGCCUCCAUCCUCCACGCCGAGGAUUCAUGCAUAAUGCGCUAUGUGAUGGCUACAUUCAUCAACGCUGCUUUCAACUUUAAGAACAUAUUCUCCACGAAUGGGUACUUUAUGAUUAUGCCCACACUUCUGCAAGUUUAUUCCCUCCAUCAAACCAACAAACUAAUCACGACGACCAUCGAAUACGCUGUAAAACAGUUUUACCUCCUCAACAGAAAGCCCUUCAUUCUGCAAAUGUUCGGCUCCGUUUCAGCCAUACUCGAUACGGACGAGGAUGGCACCUACGGAGAGGCGCAUAAGGUGCAGUCUAGCUGCCUUUUCAAUUUAUUGCUCAGCCUGGAGGAUCCUUCACCAGAUCCACUCAACAUUGCGGAGCUGGUCAAGGAGCCCAAGCCCCUGAAAGCGAUUGACUUUUGUUAUCAUGAUGAAGAUGACGAUGUUACGGUAUUGGACUGCAUCACGCUCUGUGUGAUGGUCGUCUCCUACUCGGCGGAGAGCACUCGUGGCUAUCAAAUGCUUAUCAUUCUGGAGGCCAUUCUGCCUUGCUAUCUGCAACAGAUUCAAUCGCCCAGCUACAUUCCACUUCAGGGCAAGUCCGAACGCGACAUCAUCUUGCAAUUGGCUGUGGCCAUUCGCACCAUGGUUCACAACUGCGAAGGCCUGGCCAAGAGCUACAAUGGACCCUAUCGCAAUAGUCCCGAGCACAAGGGAUCCUCACAACGAAACUGCAGCCGAGGACCGCCCUGUUCACCUGGUCUUGACUUUGAGGAGGAGUCGCAUCCAAAGUAUGUGACAGAUGCUCGUACCAAGAAUAUGAUGGAUUCUGCUGAGGAUUCCGAAAUGAUACGCACUGAAUAUCGGCGACCUCGUGAUGUGCUGCUUUCCGUUGUGGCGGAUUUUCUAACCAAAUCCACGGCCCGUCUGGCAGAGCUGGCAAAAAAGAUGCCUGCCGACACGAAGCCUACUGAGGUCCUGGACGCCAAGUGUCACAUACGUCUCGCAGACAUCGCUCACUCGCUGCUAAAGGUAUCACCCUAUGAUCCAGAGUCGAUGGCCUGUCGUGGGCUCCAACGUUACAUGCAGGCUGUGCUGCCUCGGGCGGAAUGGUCAAACGACACCUUGCGCAAUGCUCUGGUCACUAUACUACGGCGCAUCGAUAAGGUGUUCCUCAAAAUAUCGAAGAAACCAUCGAUUCGACGGAACACGGACUGGGAGGCGGCUGCCGGACUACUGAAAGGCAUUCACGAGACGAUUAUCCGCCAUUCCUAUGUUUUGCACUGGCAGCAGAUGAAGACUCUGAUUAACACCGUGCAGAAUCUGAUCGUAAAUGAGCCCGGCUCUGGCAUUCCCGAGGGCGUCUCCAGUGCAGGGGCAGCGCUCAUGUCUCAGAAUCCGCCGGCCUUUUUCUGCUCGGCCGUGGUGCGUCUGGUGGCCCUACAGGUGGUCAGCCCCGUGGACUGUUUCUCUCUUGUCCAAAUAUGCGGAGGCAGCGCCGAGUUUGCCACGCAGGAAAAGGCCGAGGGAUUUCUGAUGCAUCUGAUCAUGCCGCUGUGUCUGAAGGUCUGUUCGGGACGCGGCGUUUCGGAUGUUGGCGAGCUGAAGAUGACCGAUGUAACCUUCCUGCUCACCGCCGUCCUCAAUGCAAUGAGUCCCCCAGCGGGACGAACGGGUCAGGCUGUGUCCCAGAUCAAUCGAGUCACGGGAGAUCUGCGAGCCGGCUCUCUUACCUUCACCGGCAGCCGUGAUGCCAAGCGUCCAGCACGCAUUUCCGGCUCUCUCUAUCAAGCGGCCUUCUUGGCCCUGCGCAUCGUGUGCAUCUGCUUUGAGAAUCGCCUGUCUACCGAGUGGCCUCGCAUUGUACGGGUGAUGCGGGAUCUAGGCAGACGAAACGAAGCUGCUCCCGAUCUAUGGAGCUUCAUGGAGUUCGUAGUCACCCACCGCACGCCACUCUACAUUGUUCUAUUGCCAUUUAUUAUGCAUAAGAUCUCACAGCCUCCCAUCGGCGAUCACGAGCGACACAUGCAGUUCAUCAUUAGAGAGCGUCUGCGCGGAACACCACCACAAGGCGGCAUCAAGUCCAAGGGAGCCCUGCUGCUGGAGCUGGCCAGAGAGUUGCGCGACCUGCGUGACGAACUGGAGGAGAAGCGAUAUGUCUCCACAGAUCGCGAGAGCUCCGAGCAAAAGAAGAGCGACACACCGGCGGCCACCAGUGCGGCAGAUGCCCACAAGUCCCAGCAAAGACCUUCACUUAUAUCUAUCUUCACAGGGACAACAACCGGCCAGGCCACCCACUCACAUGUCUCCGCUGUACCAAUCGACUCACGCAGCGGCUCCGGCGGCAUCUGCACGCCCAGCGAUACGUUGUCACAGCAAACACUGCACCCGCCCCGAGAGUCAUUGUCCAGCAGCUCAACGGGACGAGAUCCACACACCACAACAAGCGAGAGUCAGAGCGGGGAUGGAGAGGCAGGAUCAGCGCCGACACUGGUUGGCGCAGCGCCCAGUGGUUCAGGCCAUGGUACUUCCGGGACGGCAUCUGCUUUGCCCUCGCACAUGUCCCACUCUCAGUCGCUUCAGCAGCCGCCAUUUAAAGCCCAGCCACCAAAGCUGCGCUUCGUUUCGUCUGUGGAAUUCAGGCACUCUUCGGGAGAGACAUCGACCACCCCGCUGUCGCCCGAGAGUCCUGCCGAAGAUAGCUCGGGUGAUCAUACACGUUCACGUCUACAGCGCUCGAAGGCUGCCAGUCGCAAGACCUUCAGGCUAAAGCGCAGUCGGCUUACGCCUAUGGAGCCACCAAGCAUCGUUACAUCGCUGUCCCAAGAGGAGCAACAGCCUCAGGCCCAGCCCAAGGCAAUUGGUGAGAUAUCCUGGGACUCGGUGUCGCAGACAUCCUCCACAUCUGGCUACCGGGACAAUAAUAGCUUGCAGACGGGUCUGCUCUCGCCGGAUGGCUCAUUGGGCGGUCUAACUCUGGGCCGCUCCCCAUCGCAGCACUCACUUUUAAUGGUGUUCGAGGGACAGGACGAAGACACACUUAUUUAACAAUCACAGAAUGGCGACCGGGCCUACGAACUCUAGUGACUAGCGUGACUUUCAGACACACAAUUAGCACGAAUUUGAGAUAGAAUAGUACUCGUAUAAUAUAAUAUAUGUAUGAAUAUGUGUUGGGUAGUUGGAUGUUAAGUUUUAUAGACGAAUCGCUGUUUUCCAAUUUGUGCCCCCUUUUGUACAUGAUGAAUUACCUUAAAAUGUUAAUAAAUAAACACGGUAGCCGUUCUAUGUA